AUGAACUCCCCGAAGGGGAUGAGGAUAAAGUGUUUUUACCAGGCUUCUGCACAUGGUUACGAUUUAAAACCUCUUCCUCCCCUUUUCUGGCUCUCGCAGACCUCCUUCCACGUCACCCCGCACACAUUUUCCAACACUCUGGCGCAGCAUGGCAUGUACAGAGAUAACGGGCUCAACACCGCCCUGGAGAAGAGCCACGUCACCGGCCCCGACAACUUCAUCACCGCCUCCGACCACCUCAACUUCCACCCCAGCUACAACCCCAGCGGCCCCUCGCACUGCUAG